CAUCCAUAUACGAAUACGACACACAACAACCAGCACGAGCGAGCACAAUGGAGCACGCGCAGGACGAGCUCAGCCUCGAGCUCACCCUGGCCGCCGCUGUCGUGGCUCCAGCUCCCGGCUUCUUCCUAUGCGUCUACUGCCACCGCAAGUUCCGCAGCUCGCAGGCCCUCGGCGGCCACCAGAACGCCCACAAGCAAGAACGCGCCGCUAAGCGCCUCCGUGAGACUGCGCUCGCCACCGCGCAUGCUUGGAAUCCGGGGAGGGCUGCCGGCGCUGUUUGGGUGUCCGAGGAGUCAGCAGCAGCAGGUGGCAUGGCGCACAAGAGCAGCAGGAUCUCGUCGGAGCGCGACCACGAGGUGGACUUGUCCCUCCGGCUAUAUAUAGUCGGUCGGCCAAUCCAUAGAUCUCUGCUAGUAUCCUUUCUCCGCACCAUUCUGUUUCCUGUGCUAGGUACGUCAGAGUCUAGCUACUUGUUUCAAGCUCUUGUUUUCCACGCAUUUGAUUCAUCGGCGCUCUUCUAGUUAGUUGGAAUUGGUUAAAGGUCUAGGUACAGCGGAAUUCCUAGAGAUUUUCCUGGUCUUUUGGGCUGACAUAAAAUUUCCCUUUUCUCCAGACUCCGUGACCAUACGGUGUAGCUCAAACAUGUUUACGCUUAUAGAUGCUAU